CUCUCUCUUUUUUUUAAUAAAUUCUGUUGGGUCUUAUUUUAAUAUCUCUCUGAGGCUCUGGUGCAGGCUUUGUGGGCUCAAUUCUAUAAAUCAGCUUCAACCACUGCUUGCCUAUCCUUCUUUUCUUUUCUCUCUGCCUUAAUUUAACUACAAAAUUUUAGUUACUGUUAUUAUAUGCUUUUUGAGAGAGUCCUCCAAAGGAGGAGACCUGUGUACAGUUUAGCUUAUUAAGGCUUUUAGAUUUUUGUCCGUGAAUAAAAAUAAUGAACCACUGUGCGAUCCAACAAAACGCGUUCUCAACACGUGAAGAGAUUCGGAGCUCCGUUUCAGUUCCAAUCUGCCCCAAACCUCGCCGCCUCGGUCUCUUGAAUCCCACCACCUUCAACGACUUCCCCGUCAGAUCCCUUAGAUGGCAGCUCAGCCACCAAACUGAGCUUUGCGAUUCAAAAGCAGGGACUGAUCUUUUGGAUAUCAUCCUCACAAAGGGUGGUUGUGGUGUGGAACAAGGUCCGCCACCGGUAAGCUCGUCGCCCCCAUUUUUUUGCGGGUCGCCGCCGAGCAGAGUAGCUAACCCAUUAAUUCAGGAUGCUCGAUUUGGGGACGAGAAGCUCGUCCUACACUCACCUUUGUCCCCAAUUCCAACACCCAUUUCGUCUGGCCUAUCAUCGUCCUCUCCAACCUCGAGGAAAGGAGGCUGUAAUCGGUCUAAUUUUGGGAACAAACCAGUGGUGAGGGUUGAGGGGUUCGAUUGUCUUGACAGGGAUCGGCGAAAUUGCAGCAUCGCUGCUCUUGCUUAGAACCCCUCUUGAGUUAAAAUCAAACAACAAAAGAGUACAUAUAGUAAUGAAAUGUGAAGCAGCAAUGACAGAAGUUACACAAACAAGUUAAUAGAGAGAGCAGUAUGAGAUGAAUUUUGAAUUUCUCAAGGGAGGGAGAAAAAGAGGGAGAGAUCCUUUUUGCCUUUGGUGUAAAUAUGUUUAAAAAAGGGUCUUAUGUAAAUUGUAGUGAUUGUUGUGUCCUUUGUAAGUAGAUUGAGAUGGUUAACCAAAUAAGGGAAAGAGAGUUUCUUAGGUAUUAGGGGGUUGGUUUGGAUUGGGCAAAACAAUCUUUGACCACUCUUGUCUUGUAAGUAAAAAAAUGAGUGUAAUUUUCCAUUUUCAAUUUCUUCUUUGGGGGUCUUUUGAAGUUUAAAGUUUAAAGUCAUUCAGAGCGGCUUUUGAGGGGAAACUUGUACAAAAUGAAGUUGCUGUUGAGUCAUCAAAGUAGUCAUUUUUCGCUGUAAAGAUUGGUAUUUGGUACCACCUGUGUUCUGAGUUUAUCUUUUAUGUUCUGAUUUCUUGUC